AGUUGUCACCUUGUGCAUCACCUGUGCUGACCUAGUGAUGAGUGGGACUCUUCCUCCCUGAGAGGCUGAGAUUUUCACAACAGCCUGGAGUCAGGUAAAGAUAGGCAGCAGAAUGGCCCCUGUUCAUGGCCCUGUCUCUCGUUUGACUCCCAGGAAGGGGCUGAGAGUUUGCUGGCUGCUGGGCGCUCUCUCCUUUCUCCUGACAAGACGAAGCAAGACACUCUUCCAUCCUGCACCCCACCCCGGUCUGACAGUGCUUCGGCCUGACCUGGCUCAUGUGUGCUGAGGGCUGGGCCACACAGAGGCUCUCUCCUAGGGCUGAUGGCCGCCCUUCACACUACUCCAGACUCCCGAGCUACCCAGCUGGAGCCUGCAGAAGAUGGGUCAAAAUGUGAUGCUGACCCUGACAAGGAUGGGGAUGAGGAGAAGGGGAGAGAGGAGGCAGAGGGGGAGGAAGAAGCAGAAGAGGUAGUAGUGGAAGAGGAGGAAGUGGCCACACAGGUCCAGGAGGUGGAGGUGGAGACUAACUCAGAGGACGCUGCUGGUGCCGACAGUGUGGAGGAGGGGCUGGCAAAGGAGCCGAGGCUGAGCUUGGGGACCCAGGAGCAGCUAAGCAACAGCAGUGAUGUCAAGUCGCCAGUUCUUCAAGGAAAAGCCCUGCAGGCCUCCCGGGUCUCACUUGAUAUUCAGGAUGAAGAUCCAGAGGAAGAGGAGGAAGAGGAAGAUGUUGAGCAUUUCCUGACUCAGGGGCUGGUGACUUUUGAAGAUGUGGCUGUGUACUUCACUUUGGAGGAGUGGGAGAGGCUGGAUGUGGACCAGCGAGACCUCUACAGGGAAGUAAUGCAGGAGAACUAUGGGAUCCUGGUCUCCUUGGGAUACCCAAUUCCCAAGCCGGAUCUGAUCUUCCACCUUGAACAAGGAGAAGAGCCUUGGGUCCCAGACAGCCCCCAUCCCGAGGAAGGAGACAUUGUCACUGGUGUCUACACGGGAGCCUGGUUCUGGAACGAUGACAUAGAGGACCAUGAGGAGGAAGACGACGAGGACUUCCUCGCUGAGAUGGCAGAGGAGGAGAACGAGCCCCCAGGGCUGUGGUCUGCAGCCUAUGGUGUGGGGGAUGUGCCUGGGACUUGGGGCCCUGACGAUUCAGAUUUGGUUCAGACUCCAGAGGGUUGGGGACCUAGCCCAGGCAGCCUAGGUAUCCUGACUGAGGAGGUUGAAGCUAAACAUUUCCUGUCUGGCAGGGUGCCUGGGGAGAACUUUCUGGCGCCCUGGGCAUUUCCCGCAGCAGCUGUCCCCAUCGGACGUCCGGAGACCACUUGCGACGUGUGCGGUAAAGUGUUUCUGCACCGUUCGCGCCUGGCCAAGCACCAGCGUUACCAUGCGGCGGUCAAGCCCUUCGGCUGUGAGGAGUGUGGCAAGGGCUUUGUCUACCGUUCGCACCUGGCCAUCCACCAGCGCACUCAUACCGGCGAGAAGCCCUUCCCGUGCCCGGACUGUGGCAAGCGCUUCGUCUACAAGUCGCACCUGGUCACGCACCGGCGCAUCCACACGGGCGAGCGGCCCUACCGCUGCGCCUUCUGCGGCGCGGGCUUCGGGCGACGCUCCUACUUGGUGACCCACCAACGUACGCACACGGGCGAGAGGCCCUACCCGUGCCUACACUGCGGCCGUAGCUUCAGCCAGAGCUCAGCGCUUGCUCGCCACCAGGCUGUGCACACCGCCGAUCGUCCUCAUUGCUGCCCGGACUGCGGCCAGGCCUUCCGCCUGCGCGCUGACUUCCAGCGGCACCGGCGCGGCGGCUGCACGGAACCCAGCAGUGGCGAGGGUGCGGGGAUGGCUCCCCACGAGAUGGAGAUGGCAGUCGCAGCUGUAGCCACAGCGGAGCCGGAGGAACUAGAGGCCAGGCCAGAGGAGACCAAAGAGCCUGGGACUGGUGUGGCAGACGGAGACACGGAGGCUGAAGCCAGAGAGGACGAGGAGGUGGUAGCUGCGGCAGCAGAGGCGACGGUCCCCGACAGCAAGAAGGACCCUGAGCCAGAGAGGCGGUUCCGUGAGAUGGGCAACGGCCUGAGUGGGGGCGAAGGGCCCUCCUCGCACCCACUCGGCUUCCAUUUUCCCAUGCACCCUAAGUCUUGGCUGCAUCCAGACGGCUUCCCCAUACUGGGGUUCCCCGAGUUCUCCGAACGGCUGCAGGUCGAUGGGCGUCAUCUCUCCGGCCCCCUGGGCGCCCCGCUGUCCCUGGAGGGCGCGGGGUUGGCUUGUGACCCCUUCCGCAGCGUGGGCCCCGGAGUCGGGGCGGAUGGUGGCCUGCGAGCGUUCGCGCCCGCCAUGGGGUCGCUGCUGGCUGAGCCCGCGCCCGCCGCGAUGACGGAGGAGGAGAGCCCGUGGAUCUGCUCCGACUGCGCGCUGACCCGGCACCAGUGGGCGCACGCCGAGGAGAAGCCGCACCGCUGCCCUGACUGCGGCAAGGGCUUCGGCCACAGCUCGGACUUCAAGCGGCACCGGCGCACGCACACGGGCGAGAAACCGUUCCGCUGCGCUGACUGCGGCCGCGGCUUCGCGCAGCGCUCCAACCUCGCCAAGCACCGGCGAGGCCACACGGGCGAGCGGCCCUUUCCCUGCCCUGAGUGCGGCAAGCGUUUCUCCCAGCGAUCGGUGCUCGUGACGCACCAACGCACGCACACGGGGGAGCGGCCGUACGCGUGUGCCAACUGCGGCCGGCGCUUCUCGCAGAGCUCGCACCUGCUCACGCACAUGAAGACACACCGCGGGCAGACGGGCGCACAGACGCAGAACACCGGCGCCAAGGCGCAGGCGCCUGCUAAGGCAACGCCGCCUCUGCCACCACCGGGCUUGGGCACCGGGUCAGGAACGCUGCUCGAGUUCGCUGGCGGAACCAGCUUCGGCUCCGAUCCUGCCGCGUUCGCUGGGCCCUCGGGUACCUACGAGGAGAGCGUUUUGUGAGGCUGGUCGAAGCGCGCGGCGCCCUCCCACUCCUAGAAGCGGGCUGAGGAGUCCCAAUCUUGGGUGCUCUUGGGCCCUAUUGCCCCGAGCUUCAGAUCUCGCUUGGGUGCGCACAGGCCGCUACCCUGAUCAAGAGCGCCCCAUCCCUCUGUGCUGCAGAGAUAGCGGGCAAAGCCAAUUCGUUCAUCACGGAUUCAGAUUCAGGUGGCCCGUAGGGCCAGUGGCAUAGGAGUCUGUCACUCGGCUUUCUGAGGAGCGAUGGGGAAGCACUGUCAUUGGAAGAGGGUGAGAGAGGUCAUCCAGCUGCAUCCGGGUUUCUUGGUGGGUUUGGCCUCUUCCCAUUCUCCCUAGGAGUUUCAGGGACCGUCUUCCGGUCACUUGGGUCCAGUAAGUUUAAGAACAUGGUUCAUGACAGGCAGGAGCCUCACUAGGAUUUUUUGGGGGGAUGGAGAUGCGAACAGGGGAAGCUUUUGUUCUAUCGACUGGGUAUUUAUUUCCAUCUUUUGUAUAGCCUGAAAACUGGGGAGGUGUUGAAAAGGCAAGAUACCAAAUGCGUAGUCAGGUUGGGGAUGUUGGCUAGGUCCCCGGGGACUUGGAAGCCUUAUUUGAGAAUCUUACUCCAACCCCAACGAGCACUGGCUACAAGGUGCGUUUUGGUAUUGGAAUCCCCUCCAAACUUGUUGGUGCUCUAGUGGCUGCAAGUGGCAUACAUGGACAUCUUUGGAGUGCCUGGUGUGGGCUCCUACAGACCUGGUCUCCUGACUAGUUCCCUAGCAGCACCCUCUGCUGGAGCAGGUCGCUGCGGAGCCCUGUGCUCAGCCUUCCACAGCACUGGGGUGGGUUCUGGAACCUUCCCCUCAGCUUAUAAUAGGGGCCCAUUAUCCUCUGCAAGACUCUUAACUCUGCUGUAAUCACCCUACGCUAGAAGCAGGUAGCGUUUCUGCCAUGGGUGGGUCCAUGGCUUACAAAGUGAUUGGUGGUUUGCACAGUGCUUGUCCACCUAAGAUAUCACGUGGACCUGAGCUCACAACGCCUUACUAUGCAAGGCCCUUGCCCAGUGGAUAGCUAACUCUCCAGCCUGGACUGCUGGCAUCUGAGGUGUGGCACACACAAGCCCCUCCCACCCUCCAUGAAUUCUGGGCCAGUGUUAAAGAAGCGAGAUUUCCACCCAACUGCGUUCCCUUUUAGACCUAGAUCCUUUGUUGUAGUGUAGACAAGUCAUUGGGGCCCAAGAGCUAACGGGGAGGCUGCUAGGUGCUGGGUGGGUAGUCCAUGGGUGGGAGGAGCUGGGGUGGUGAUGGUCAGAAGGUAGCCUGGCCAGGUGAGGUGAAGUGGAAGGCAUGGGUCCUGAUUGUCAGCAGUGGCCUCCCUGUCCCAUUUUUUAUACUCUUCCCAUGUCUUCUGGGACAUGAACUUCAGAAAAAGCCAGGGCAGGGUGGGCUGGCGGGACACCAACCCCAUCCCUCUAUUCCCCAGCGGUUUCCACUCUGCCCCUCUGCUGUGGGCAGGAGGACCUAGCUUUAAUAAAGAUGGAGAAACAA